AUGAAGAUUUUAUGCGAUGUGUGCGAUAAAGAAGCUGCCGUUAUGUUUUGCUCGGCCGAUGAAGCUGCUUUGUGUGGAGCCUGUGAUCGCAGUGUUCACCAUGCGAAUAAUCUUGCCGGAAAACACACUCGUUUCUCUCUUCUUCAUCCAACGAAAUCCCCACUCUGUGAUAUCUGUCGGGAGAGACGGGCGUUUGUGUUUUGUCAACAAGAUCGAGCACUUCUUUGCAGAGAAUGUGAUGUUCCAAUUCACAGAGCCAAUGAAUAUACUAUGGAGCAUAACAGGUUUCUUCUCACGGGCGUUAAGCUUUCUUCUUCGAUCGAGAACCCAUUGACGACAGUCAGUGUUGAACCUAAUUAUUAUGCCGUUGACGAUGAAGUUUCGGUUUCGACAACGAGUAUAUCGGAGUACUUGAUGGAAACUUUGCCUGGUUGGCGCGUCGAUGAUUUCCUUGAACCGAAUUCAUCUUCUGCCGCCAUUAACGGUUACUUCCAUUGA